GCACUCUGAUGCCCUCGAGUCACCAAGGGACAGAAUCAAUCCAUAUUUCUGGAGUGACCGGGGGCUCUCAAGAAUUGACUGUGUUGGAGGCUGAGAUAAGCCUCACUGGUAAGGACUGGCAAAAACAUCCUAUUGUGACGGGCCCAGGGGCUCCGUGUAUAUUAGGUAUUGAUUAUCUCAGAAGGGGGCAUUUCAAGGAUCCUAAGGGGUAUCGAUGGGCCUUUGGAAUAGCUGCUGUGGACACAGACAACAUUAAGCAGCUGUCUGUUUUGCCUGGCCUGUCAGAAGAUCCAUCUGUUGUGGGGCUGCUGCGAGUAAAAGAGCAACACGUACCGAUUGCUACAAAAAUGGUGCACAGGCGUCAGUACCGCACUAACAGGGAUUCUUUACUCCCCAUUCAUAAGUUAAUUAGUCAACUAGAGAGUCAGGGAGUGAUCAGCAAAACUCACUUGCCUUUUAACAGCCCCAUAUGGCCAGUGCGUAAAGCCAGUGGAGAAUGGAGGCUGACGGUGGACUACCAUGGCCUGAAUGAAGUCACACCCCCACUGAGUGCUGCUGUGCCGGACAUGUUAGAACUCCAGUAUGAACUGGAGUCAAAAGCAGCCAAGUGGUAUGCCACCAUUGACAUUGCUAAUGCCUUCUUUUCCAUUCCUGUGGCCGAAGAAUGUAAGCCACAGUUUGCUUUCACAUGGAGGGGCAUUCAGUAUACCUGGAACCGUUUGCCCCAGGGGUGGAAACACAGCCCGACCAUUUGCCAUGGGUUGAUCCAAACUGUAUUGGAACAGGGCAGUGCUCCUGAGCACCUGCAGUACAUUGAUGAUAUCACUGUGUGGGGCGAUACAGCAGAAGAAGUCUUUACAAAAGGAGAGAGAAUGAUCCAAAUUCUUCUGAGUGCUGGUUUUGCUAUUAAGCAAAGCAGAGUGAAAGGACCUGCCCAGGAGAUUCAGUUCCUAGGUAUAAAGUGGCAAGAUGGCCGUCGCCACAUCCCGACAGAUGUGAUCGACAAAAUCACUGCUAUGUCUCCACCCACUAGCAAAAGAGAGACACAAUCUUUUCUGGGUGCAGUGGGCUUUUGGAGAAUGCAUGUUCCAAACUACAUCCUCAUUGUAAGCCCCCUUUAUUAUGUGACGCGAAUGAGAAAUGAGUUUACAUGGGGCCCUGAGCAGCAGCAGGCUUUUGAACAGAUUAAACAGGAGAUAGCCCGUGCCGUGGCCCUAGAGCCAGUACGGACGGGACAGGGUAUAAAGAACAUCUUCUAUAAUGCUGCUGGAGAGAACGGUCCCACUUGGAGUUUGUGGCAAAGAGCCUCAGGAGAGACCCGAGGCCGACCCCUGGGAUUCCGGAGUUGGGUGUACAGAGGGUCUGAAGAGCGCUACACUCCAACUGAGAAGGAGAUCUUAGCCGCUUAUGAGGGGGUUCGGGCUGCUUCUGAAGUAGUCGGUACUGAAACACAGCUCCUUCUGGCACCUCGACUGCCAGUGCUGAACUGGAUGUUUAAAGGAAAGGUUCCCUCCACCCAUCAUGCUACUGAUGCCACUUGGAGCAAGUGGAUUGCACUGAUUACACAACGAGCAUGGAUGGGGAACCUCAGCCGUCCAGGAAUCCUAGAAGUCAUCAUGGACUGUCCUGAAGGUAAGAAGUUUGGAACACCACCAGGAGAAGAAGUAUCACGUGCUAAAGAAGCCCCACCAUACAAUGAACUACCAGAGAAUGAAAAGAAAUAUGCCCUGUUCACAGAUGGAUCGUGUCAUAUUGUGGGAAAGCAUCGCAGAUGGAAAUCUGCUGUGUGGAGCCCCACACGACAAGUUGCAGAGGCCACUGAAGGGAAAGGAGAAUCAAGCCAAUUUGCAGAGGUAAAGGCUGUCCAACUGGCCUUAGAUGUUGCUGAACGGGAGAGGUGGCCAAUGCUCUGUCGUUACACUGACUCAUGGAUGGUAGCGAAUACCUUAUGGGGGUGGUUACAGCAGUGGGAGCAAAAUAACUGGCAAAGAAGGGGUAAAACUAUUUGGGCUGCUGAACUGUGUAAAGACAUUGCUGCCCGAACAAAGACUAUAGUUGUAAAGGUGCGUCAUGUAGAUGCUCAUGUGCCCAAGAGUCGGGCUACUGAAGAACAGCAAAAUAACCAUCAGGUAGACCGAGCUGCCAGAAUUGAGGUGGCUCAAAUAGACCUGGACUGGCAGAACAAGGGUGAAUUAUUUCUGGCUCGGUGGGCCCAUGAGACCUCAGGUCAUCAAGGGAGAGAUGCAACAUACAAAUGGGCUAGAGACCGAGGGGUGGACUUAACUAUGGAUGCCAUUGCACAGGUUAUUCAUAACUGUGAAACAUGUGCCAUCAUCAAACAAGCCAAGAGGAUGAAACCUCUGUGGGAGGAAGGGCGAUGGCAAAAGUACAAAUAUGGGGAGGCAUGGCAGGUUGAUUAUAUCACCUUGCCACGAUCUCGCAAUGGUAAGCAUUAUGUGCUUACUAUGGCGGAGGCAACCACUGGGUGGCUGGAAACAUAUGCAGUACCCCAUGCUACCGCCCGAAACACCAUACUGGGUCUCGAGAAACAAGUCCUGUGGCGACAUGGCACCCCAGAAAGGAUUGAGUCAGAUAAUGGGACUCAUUUCAAAAAUUCUCUUGUAAAUACUUGGGCCAAAGAUCAUGGCAUUGAGUGGAUUUACCAUAAUCCCUAUCAUGCACCAGCCUCUGGUAAAAUUGAACAAUACAAUGGAUUGUUAAAAACGAUGCUAAAAGCACUGGGUGGCGGAACAUUUAAGCACUGGGAGAAGCAUUUGGCAGAAGCCACCUGGUUAGACAAUACCAGAGGAUCUAUCAAUCGUGAUGGUCCUAACCAAUCCAGUUCCCUACAUACAGUAGAGGGAGAUGAAGUCCCUGUUGUACAUGUAAAGAACAUGUCAGGAAAGGCAGUUUGGGUUCUUCCAGCUUCUGGAAAGGGCAAACCUCUCCGUGGUACAGUUUUUGCCCAGGGACCAGGAUCCACUUGGUGGGUAAUGCAGAAGAAUGGGGAUGUCCAAUGUGUACCACAAGGAAACUUGAUGCCGGGGGAGUGCAGUUACUAAUUCUAUGUAUAUAGCCAUGUGUGCAUUUUAAUCAUUUUUUUGUUUGUUUGUAUAUAUGUAUAUAUUUUAAGCAUGAUAUAACGAUGUAGAAUAAGGGUUGGAAUGUCAUGGUUCUAUGUUUUUGUUUUUUUUGUUUUUGGGUUUCAGUAUUCCACAUCAAAACAUCAUGUAGUGUACGGGGCAUUAAAGUGUCACCGCCCCAAUCCCAGCUACCUAUCCCUGUACAUUACAGAAGUCACGGGAUCUGGCCCUUCCGGGUGGGGGGGCGCUCUCUUGCUGCCUGGCAGUGGGUGCUGGAGGGUGCUUUCCUAGCCGUUCCAAGCUUUUCAGGUUUGAAUCAGUCCUGGCAACUCUCUCUCUCUCAUCUUGUCUGAUUUAUUAAUCUCAAUUGCAAUUAAAUUGUAUCUAUUGUGUUAUCUUGUAUUCUGGUAUUAUAGUAAAAUAAGUUUUCCUCCAUAGAUUGUUGCCGCUGUUCUUUUCCUCCCUUCCUUCCUUCCCAUUUUUGUGGGACUGGGGUGGGGGGGGAGGGCAGAGGCCUGUCGCCCCUGUCACGGACAUUGAUUGAUCUAGUCAACUCCGUGACAGUCAUCUAUCUGGACUUGUGCAAAGCAUUUUACACUGUCCCAUGACAUAUCUGGUCACCAAAUUGGAUAAACAAGGGUUUGAUGAACUACUCGCUAGAUAAGGAAUUAGUUGGAUGGUCACACUCAGAGAGUUGCAAUCAACGGCUCAAUGUCCACGUGGAGACCAGUGACGAAUGGUGUUCCACAUAGACAGGUACUGGCACUAUUACUGUUUAACAUCUUUGAAGGCAACAUGGACAGUGGGAUUGAGCGCACCCUCAGCAAGUUUGCAGUUGACAACAAGCUGAGUGGUGCAGUUGACCAGCUAGAGGGAAGGGAUGCCAUCCAGAAAGACCUGGACACACUUGAGAGGUGAGCCCAUGCCAAUCUUGUGAAAUUCAACUAGGCCAAGUGCAAGGUCCUGCAUCUGGGUUGGGGCAAUCCCAAGCACAGAUACAGAUUGGGUGGAGAAUGGCUUGAGAGCAGCUCCGAGGAGAAGGCUUUGGGGGUGUCUGUUGAUGAAAAACUCCACAUGAGCCAGUAAUGUGCACUUGCAGCUCAGAAGGCCAACUGUAUUCUGGGCUGCAUCAAGUGUGACCAGCAGGUCAAGGGAAGUGAUUCUGCCCCUCUACUCUGCUCUCAUGAGACCCCACCUGGAGUACUGUGUCCAGUUCUGGGGCCCCCAACACAAGAAGGACAUGGAACUGUUGAAGCAGGGUUCCAGAGGAGGGCCACAAAGAUGAUCAGAGGGCUGGAGCACCUCCCCUAUGGGGACAGGCUGAGAGAGCUGGGACUCUUCAGCCUGGAGAAGAAAAGGCUCCAGAGGGACAUUAUAGGGGCCUUCCAGUACCAGAAGAGGCGUACAGGAAAGCUGGGGAGGGACUUUUUAUAAGGGCAUGUAGUGAUAGAAUGAGGGGAAGUGGUUUUAAACUGGAAGAGGGUAGAUUUAAACUAGAUAUCAGGAAGAAAUUCUUUACUGUGAGGGUGGUGAGACACUGGAACAGGUUGCCCAGUGAGGCUGUGGAUGCUCCCUCCCUGGAGGCAUUCAAGGCCAGGCUGGAUGGGGCUUUGAGCAACCUGGUCUAGGGGGAGGUGACCCUGUCUAUAGCAGGGGUGUUGGAACUAGAUGAUCUUAAAGGCCCCAUCCAACCCAAACCAUUCUAUGAUUCUGUGAUAUUCACUUGCCUUACAUUUACAAUAUCUAAAUGAAUGCUUAGAGUGCUCCAUCAAAUGAAAACAAGUUAUGGAAGCUUAUUGAGACAUUGCCCAUAAACUGUGGAUACAGGCACAAUCCCAGCUCACACCACCAUUGGGUAGAACAUUUUAGAACUGGGACAGGGUUACACAACACCCAGCUAUUAGUUGUGAUUUAAGUCUGACACUGCAUACUUCACAAUAAACUGCUCUGUCCUUAUUAAAUGCAACCAUUCAAGCACAUGUCUCCACUGGUAAAAGACAGCUUCACUAUAGUAUAAUUCUUAAAUGAAGUAUUCAUUUCAGUUUUCAGGAGAAGUUAUUUCUACCUACUUACACAAACAAAGAUUUUACCACACAGAGCCAAAAAUAUAUAGAGACAAAAGCAGAUAUAUAACAUAUAUAAUGGUUGUCAUUAGUCUUCUGAGACUAAAAUUAGCUACAUGCAGUCAGGUCCUAAACAAAACAGAUGUAAAAAAAUGUCCACAUUCCCUCUGUUUUUAUCCCUAAAUCUCCAUGAACAACUGCAGGCACAUUUUUUCAAGCAGAGCCCAGAGCUGGCUAUAGAAGUCUUGUUUAGCAGCAAUGGAGCUAGUUCAGGCUUCUUGUAUUUGUUACAAACCUCAGACAUAAUCUGUAAAUGUAUACCACGUAACAGGAGAAGCUCAUUCAAUUUUUUUUAAAAGGAAAUUCUGAAAUUUGAAAAGCAUAAAAAAAUGCUUCCACAACAGGCAGUACCAGUUCACAUUUGACUUGGAUAUAUUUUCAUGCAAGCUCAACAAUAAAGAUGCUUUAAACAAACUUGGAUGUCUUAAGGAAGAAAAAAAAACUAGAAUAUAAACCUUUCCCAACCGUUAAUUCAAAAUAUCCAAAGUUUCGGGCCUUGUAGUUUCCUGAAUUUCUCUCAAAAGUAAGAUGAACUAAUGAAAAGUAGCUUAGUUCCCACACCAUUCUUUUUGCGUGCUAUUUUAAAAUGGCUUGAUUUUCACAGUACCACAGAAUGAUGGAAUCACAGGGGUUGGAAGGGACCUCAAGAGAUUGAGUCCAACCCCCCUGCUAAAGCAGGUUCCCUACAAUAGGUCACACAGGUAGGUGCCCAGACAGGUCUUGAAUAUCUCCAUAGAAGAUGACUCCACAACCUCUCUGGGCAACCUGUUCCAGUGCUCCAUCAUCCUUACUGUAAAGUUCUUCUGCAUGUUUGUAUGAAACUUUCUAUGUUCAAGUGUUUGGCAACAGCUCACUAUGCACUACUGAGAAGAGCCUAGCCUCAACCAUUUGCCUUCCACCUCACUUCAGAUAUUUAUAAGCAUUUAUCAGAUCCCCUCUCAGUCUUGUUCUCCCCAGGCUGAACACACCCUGUUUACUCAACCUUUCCUCACAAGGGAGAUGCUCCAGGCACUUAAUCAUCUUUGUGGCCCUCUGCUGGACUCCCUCUAGGAGAUCCCUUUCUUUUUUGUACUGGGGAGCCCAGAACUGGACACAGUACUCCAGGUGAGGCCUGACCAGGGCAGAGUAGAGGGGGAGGAUCACCUCCCUCAAUCUGCUGACCACAUUCCUUUUAAUUCACUCCAGGAUGCUGUUGGCCUUCUUGACCUCCAGGGCACACUGCUGGCUCAUGGCCAACCUGUUGUCCACCAAAACACCCAGGUACUUCUCCACAGAGCUCCUCUCCAGCAGGUCAUCCUCCAACCUGUACUAAUGCAUGCAGUUAUUCCUCCCCAGGUGCAGGACUCUACACUUGCUCUUGUUCAACCUCAUCAGGCUCCUCCCUGCCCAACUCCUCAGUCCCUCCAGGUCUUGUUGAAUGGUAGCACAGCCUUCUGGUGUCAGCCACUCCUCCCAUCUUUGAAUCAUCAGGAAGCUUUCUGAGGGUGGACUAUAUCCCUCCAUACUAGUCAUUGAUGAAGAUGUUGAACAAGACUAGCACCGACCUCUGGGGAACACCGCUAGUUACAGCCCUCCAACCAGACUGCGCUGCUGAUGAUAACCCUCUGACUCUGUCAGUCAGCCAGUUCUCAACCCACCUCACCGUCCAGUCAUUUAUCCCAUGCUUUCUAAGUUUCAUAACAAGGACGUUGUGGGAGAUGGUGUCAAACGCCUUGCUGAAGUCAAGGUACACAACAUUCACCAUUCUCCCCCCAUCUAUCCAGCCAGCGAUGACAUCAUAGAAUGCUACUAGGUUGGUCAAGCAUGAUUUCCCCUUGGUGAAUCCACGCUGACUACUCCUGAUAACCUUCUUCUCUUCCAAUUGCCUGGAGAUGGCAUCCAGAACAAGUUGUUCCAUCACCUUUCCAGGGACAGAGGUGAAGCUGACUGGCCUGUAGUUUCCCGGAUCCUCCUUCUUGCCUUUCUUGAAGACUGGAGUAACAUUGGCUAUCCUCCAGUCUUCAGGCACCUCUCCCAUUCACCAAGA